AUGACCAAGCGAACAAAUUUAGAAAUUAUUCCUAGUCUUUGCAAGUAUAUGCUUCCAGGGAAGAUCAACUCCGAAUUUUGUGGCCAUGAAUCAUUAUUCGUAUUGAAUGUUUUCUGUUUGCUCAUCAUAUUGCAGAAGAUAGUUAUCAAAGCUGACCUCAUUGGCGACAAAUGCAAGAGUGAGAUCCUAGCAAUUGUUUCCAAGAACCAAGGAAUCAAAUCCAUGGAGAUCGACGCCGAGAAGUGCACGCUGACGGUGGUCGGGACGGUCGACCCGGUGCGCAUCGUGCAGAAGCUCAAGAAGAAGUGCUUCGAGGCGACCAUCGUCAGCGUGGAGGACGACAAGCCCACGGAGAAGAAGGACCCCUGCAAGGAGGCGUGCGAGAAGCUGUGCAAGGAGAAGUGCGACAAGAUCACCUGCUGCAAGGAGUGCAAGGAGAAGUGCGAGAAGAAGUGCAAGGACAAGUGCGAGAAGGCCUGCGAGGCGUGGCUCGGCAAGGGCUGCUGCUCCUGCAGCCGCUGCAAGCCCAGCCCCAGCUGCUACUACGACCCCUGCGCCGUGCCUAGCUACUACCCCUACGGCUACUACAACGGGUGCGCCAGCAGGCCGUACCCCUACUACGGCUGCUACGAAGAAAGGUCACAUGAAGGAGCGUGCACCAUCCAGUAG